CUCUCUUUUAAGCAGCAACAUACAAGCCGGCCAUAUUAGAGAGAUGGAAAUAAAGCUUCCUUAAUGUUGUAUGUGUCUUUGAAGUACAUCUGUGCAUUUCUUUUUAGCAUUUAACCAUUUCUCCCUUGUAGCCCUCCGCCCCUCAAAUCACCCUCUCCCACACCCCACCCGACUAACAUCUCAGUCUGAAAAUGCACAAAGAUGCCUGGCUACCUCGCCCUGCCUUCAGUCUCACGGGGCUCAGUCUCUUUUUCUCUUUGGUGCCACCGGGGCGGAGCAUGGAAGUCACAGUACCUACCAACCUCAACGUCCUCAAUGGCUCCGACGCCCGCCUGUCCUGCACCUUCAACUCCUGCUACACAGUGAACCACAAGCAGUUCUCCAUGAACUGGACGUACCAGGAGUGCAGUAACUGCACCGAGGAGAUGUUCUUCCAGUUUCGCCUGAAGAUCAUUAACCUGAAGCUGGAGCGCUUCCGAGACCGAGUGGAGUUCUCGGGGAACCCCAGCAAGUACGACGUGUCAGUAAUGCUGAAGAAUGUGCAGCUGGAGGACGAGGGCAUCUACAACUGCUACAUCAUGAACCCGCCUGACCGCAACCGCGGCCACGGCAAGAUCAACCUGAGGGUCCUCCUGGAAGAGCCCCCUGAGCGGGAUUCCACAGUGGCGGUGAUCGUGGGUGCCUCUGUGGGGGGCUUCCUGGCUGUGGUCAUCUUGGUGCUGAUGGUGGUGAAGUGUGUGAGGAGGAAAAAAGAGCAGAAACUGAGCACGGAUGACUUGAAGACAGAGGAGGAGGGCAAGACAGAUGGAGAGGGUAACGCAGACGAGGGCACCAAGUAACGGGCGCCCGGCCCCUGGUGUCCCGCUCCCUCCACUCCGCCCCGCACAGUGUGCCCCUGCCUGCCCUCUCUCAGUGUGCUUCUCUUGAACAGGGAUCCCAGCGCCCACCUGGGGCCUCCUGAACCCCUCACUGUGUCCCCCACCCUGCACCAAGAGUGACCCACCUCUCUUUCAUUUGGGAAAAGUGUCAUGGCAUCUGGGAUGUGUGGGCCCUGGGGAGGGAGAAGUGGGCUCAAACCUGCCUGAGAGGAGGGGGGUUCCAGAGAGAAGAGGGGAGGGUGGGCAGUGUGGAGGGGGAGCUCGGUGCCCAAUCUGCCCAGCCCUGGGACUUGGCUGGUGGCAGGGACUUCAGAGAGGACCUGUGGUUGGGGAGAGGCCUUCCCAGCUCCCCCCGCUGCUCCCAGCCCUGGGCAUCCCUGUCAGGCUGGGGGUGGUGCUGGGGGUAUAGGUUAAAGGGACAACUGUGCAUUUCCUGGGCAUUGAAGGAAAGCCCUGGCCCAGGCAGCUCCGCUCUCACUCUCUUGUCCCUCUCUAGCUGCUGCCACAGAUACCUGGGGGUUUUCUGUGGGCUGCUAAUUCCUUGGGAUUUGGGGUGAGGGUCAUAGUGGAAAGGCAGCUGGGUGGGUUGUGUUGUUCCAGGUGCUGGUCAUUUCCCUCCAUAAUUACCCACUGGCAGGAAAUGAAUUUCAAAGUCGGCUGAGGGAGUGAGGGGUCGGGGCCUCCCUGGGAAAGUGGAGCUGGCAGCAGGCAUCCUGUCCUUCCACCAGGGCAGCCAAGGCCAGACGAGCUGACCUGCAGAGCUGGACAGCUCCGUUCAGGGCCUGUCUGGACAUCCCUCCUGCCUCUUACCCUCACUGGGGGUGUCAUUUGGAUUUUGCCUACAGACAACUGGGCAGGGAAAGCCUCAAGGCAAGUGGGAAAUGUGAGGGGAGGUCUUGGGGCCUCUAAGAUCAGGAGCCAGGUCCCUUCUGGAGCCGCGCCGCCCCCACCCUGAACUCCCUCCGUGGGGAAGAAAGUAGGAUUUGUGGGGAGCCAACUUUCACUGCCAUUUAUAAUCACAUUAAAGAAAUCGCUUAAGCCUCUAGACAGGGAGAGAGACAGAGAAACUGCUGACUUGGAGAACAUUCCUUUGGGAGACCCUCAGAAACCAACUCACCAAGUCACUCAGGCUACAGAUGAGGGAACAAGUUCAAACACACAGACAGGAACUGAGGGUCCUGCAGCUCCUCUGGCGCCUCAGUCUCCAGUUUAAAUCAAGAGCCAUAGUUUUCCUGGCAGGAGGGGCCUGGGAGAUGGGGGGGGUUGCGUGGACAAGCAAAGGAGCUGGGCUCAUCUCCCAGGCCCCUCCAGGCUGUGCUGGGCAGGGAUGGAGUGAAGGGCUGAGGGCAGAGCUGUGGGCAGUGUCCUCUUUCCCCGCUGGCUGACCCCUGCAGCACUUCCCGGCCUUCCCGGGCGCUCAGCCUGCCCUGACUCAGGGAGUCAGUGCCCAGGGCAGGGACGAGUCUGGGGAAAGGAGGUACAGACAGGACUGACAGUCUCAGGGACCAUUCUCUGCCUCUGCCCAUCAGAUGGCCAAUCUGGGGAGAGAGCAAUAGCAAAUGGGAGCUUCAGUUCAAUUCACGUCAAUUCAACAUCCAUUUAUUGAGCAUCUGCCAUGUGCCAGGCGCCGUGCAGGUGCCAGGGACGCACACAAAGCCAUAAGAGUUGGGAACUGCCAGGACAGCACUGUGGGGACCAAGGUUAAAAUUUUGGGUGCAUCUAAUUCCAUCUCUGCAGCCAUGCUUCUGGGGCUGGAGCUGAGGAAGCAGGAAGGGAUUCCAGAUUGUGGGCCCUGGGGAGGGAGGAAAGGAAGAAACCAGGGAAGAUAUAACAGGGAAGAGGGAGAGAGGGCGGAGUGGACACAGGGUGAGGGUGAGCAACCAGCCAGAUAGCUUCUGGGUGGGGUGGGGCCAGCUCAUCCGGAAAUUCUAACUCAACGGCUCAGUACCUAACUGCCAAUCAACACACUGCCAAUGGGGAUGGGCGAAGCCACCAGGAUGCCUGGGGCCUGCAGACACUGCCCAACCUGCAGGCCGAGCAGCUGACACAGGGAGAGGUGGGUGGCGGGCACCUCACUCCAGCCGAGAUCAAGGGUGGUUGUCAGACACUUCGGCCACAUGCAGCUCUCGCCUCUUCUGGGCUCUCCUCUCCCAGAGGAGUGAGGGAGAAUCUAUGCUGAUGCGGGGAACUUGUCUUUUUCCAGGACUCGUAACAUGUAGGGGACUCAUUUGCAAGAUUCCCUGGGCUUAUCCUAACAAUUCCUAACUCUCCUUCUGGGUUCCUUCCCUGCUCUGCCCCGACCCACUGGGGUCUCGGAGAGCAGUGCCUCUCCACCAGCAGAUAGGGACAAGCGGGACCCACCUUUGCGCAGGUGCCCACCUUCAUAAGCACUUUCUUCUCUAGCCUCUUAGACUCUCCUCCAGAGGCCUCAGAGCUGCUCCCCCGGGGCAAGGAGGUUGGGAACAAGGUGGGGCUUCUGUGAGUAGAGAUGGGAAGCCGGUGAGAUGUUUCCGCAGCAGCCAUUUCUCUAGCCUGCUCUCUGUACCAGCAAGCUGCUCCUCUUCCGCUCGGUGGGUUGUCAGUCCCACUUCUGGCUGCAUGUCCCUGUCACUGCGCUCUGCUGAGUUGAGUCUGCUGGUUUUCUCAACUGCCCUUGGCCCUCCUGCUCUCCCUGAACCCCCUAUCUGUCUCUUCCUCCUAAUUCAGGGCCGUUGUAAAGAGAGAAGGGCUGGCUGACCGAUGAGAUUUAGCUUAUAAGAGCAAAGCACACAUUUUCAGGACUGAAACGCCGUGAGGUGCCUUGGAACUGGCUUUGGAAAUAGCUGCCCUCCUACCUAUGGGCUCAUCACAGUUAUAUCCGAUUUAUUAUAAAAAGGAAAAGCUGAUUGGAGCCGUAUUUCUCCCUGCGAGUUUCCUUGGGGAGGUGGGCUAGUAAAUAUCUACAAAGUCAGGUUAAGCAGAUGGAUGAUGGAAAGGACUGACUAGGUCCAAAAGGACAGCCCCAGAAAACAGGAAUGACUUGGUGCAGUUGGAACGGGUGAUGAAUCAAGAAAUUUCCUUCCUACUAAUGUCUUAAGGAUAGACAGCUUUUGUCUCUCGCUGUGCCUCUUGCUGUGUCUUCCUUUGCUGAAGCUUGCUGAUGCAUUUGUACAUAGUCUAUAUAUAGGUAUAGAUAUAUUAUAUAUAUAAAUAAAAAAACAUCUCACUACACCCACCCCAAAAGUUACAUUGUGGCGGGGAGAGGGGGACAAUCAUUUCUCAAUGUUCUGAGUUGAUUCACCAAAGGCAAAUGUUGGAAUGUUCUCAUUGCUCUUUGUGCACAUGAAGGGGGAGACCCAACUACUUUCAUGCACUUUCUUGGUUUUACGUGCUACAUGGUGGAUGGGAGACGUGGUGGAGAGAGAAACUGAAAUGGUCCUCUGCGACCCCGUGGCUGUGCUGUGUCUGCUUUUUGGAGCGGACUGAGGUUUUUGCAGUUUGUCUUAUCACUUAGAUUUAUUGGCUACAAUAAACAGAUCGUCUCCCCUGAACAUCCCUUGAGUGUGGCUUUUUUCAGGGGUGCAGAGUGGGGUACACUGAGACUUUCCAGGAUCCUGACGGACCCGGAGGAUCCUUUCCUGGUAAGCCCAUUGACACUGCCAGACCCCGGUCAAGGAUGAGGUAGGCCUCCCCGAUCUGGUGACAGAGGUUUCAUUUCUUCCCCACCUUUGCCUUCCCUGAAUCCUGGGGGACUCUACCCUACUCAG